UGUUUAAUCUGAACCCACAAAAAAGAAACGGCUGUAACCAACAAAUUUAAUAGGUUCAAGUCUUCGCCGUUGAAUGCGGCACGUAUAUAUUACAUUUAAACAGAUUAACGAACGAUAAAUCCAUGGGAAGUUAUAGGAGGAUCAUUACAGAAAGAUAUCUGGGUACCUGUUGAGGAUCACGAGUGUUCGACAUGCUUGCCAGUUAACACCCAGUCGAUGGCCUGUAGCUAUGGGGACACAGUUUACAAUUGAUGACGCGUUCGUCCUAGAGGGGGAGGAGGAGGAAGGCGUGGUGCCUGGAGAGGAUGUUGAUGAAUGGAAGGGGAGAGAGAAAGAUGGUGGGGCAGAGAUGACAUUCGGACCCCUCUCUUUUACCAAAACACAAUGUCAUACUUCUGGAUCCGCUGGCACUCCUGAACACAGUAAUCUGAAAUAUCAGAACCUGGAAAAUGAAGAAGCUUUAGGUGGCACUGUGAACUCUUCUUUCAAUAACUUCUUCAAAAUCAGUGAUCCUGCUACUCUGUCCUACUGCAGCUCUCAAUGGUCAUUCAGCACACUCAGCUCUGUCACUCAGCUGUCUGCCCACUGCUGCGGGUGGACAUCUCACCCGCUAGUGAAGAAGAACAGACGAGUUGUUCUUGCCUCAUUCCUCCUCUUAAUCACUGGAGUUGCUUUGAUCUUUACAGGCAUUGUCAUACAGAUAAACCCACACGCAGGUGUUUCAAGUGCAAUCUUCUUUGUUCCUGGAUUUCUUCUCUUCAUUCCUGGUGUGUAUCAUGUGAUCUAUAUAAGCUGUGCAGUUAGGGGGCGAAGAGGAUUCAAGUUCUUUUAUUUGCCAUACUUUGAGAAGUAAACCAUUUGUUUUUACAUAUUCCAGACUGGUGGUCUGGUUUGUCUCUGCCCACCAUUUCCUGUGAUCUAAUAUAUAUAUUUUUUUUUUACAAAAUCCCAAACAAUUAAGUAUGAGAAUGACAAUUUUUACAGUCUCACUAGCAAUGGUUUUCUUAAACAAUUUAAUAAUUAUAACCAGUCUGUACACUGGUCUAACCUUUACAGAUAAAACUAACAGUAAAGCUUGAACUUUUCAAGAGCUAUAAUAUACAAAUUUUAUUUUGAUAUAAGAAAGCACAAGCCAUGUUAUUUUAUCUGUGUUCAUCUUAUUUGAGAGGUGUUUUGCUUCAGACUGCAUAUUGAUUGACAAAUUUCAUAUUAGCUGUACUACACUGUAUGUUCAUAAUUUAAUGAAACAUGUUGCAAUCUGUCCUUGGAAUUCAAGAAGGAGCAUUGUAAUAAGCCUGUUUAACAGAUGUACAACGUUCUGUUAUAAAUUAUGCACCAUUAUUAACCUUGUAAAAGUGCCAAGUAAAAUAAAUGUAGACAAAACAUAUGACAAAAGAAUAAAAAUAUAAAUUUUAGAAAACUAAUCCAAUAUGCUAUUGAGGCCACAUUAAAACACCUUCCCUCUUCAAUCAAGAGAGAUGUGUUAACCAGUGAUUAGUGAUUUGCACAUCACUCAACUUUUUAUGUAGUACCACUACUAACACUUUGAACCACUGUUUUAUUAUGCAUCCAACAAUUGUGUGUUAAGAAUUUUGUA